UUCGCUUUUUCCCUUUCUUUUUUAUUUUCUUUUUUCUUUUCUCUCUUCACACAACAAAUGCAAAACCCUCUCUCUCUUUUUCUCUUUUCUGUAGAGAUGAAAGUGCUGUGAAUUUUCUUCCAUGUUUCGUUCUCUCUUCUCUCUCAUUCUCUACGGUUCGUAGCUUCAUUCAAUUUCACUUUUUCUUCUUCGAAUUUAGCUUCAAUUCUGAGAGUUCACACUUUCUAAAUUAGGGUUAUCACUGAUUUUGAUUUUCAAUUUUUAACCUAGUUUUACUAUACUGGUUUAUAUCAUUUUUCAAUUUUUUUUACUUUUAAUUUUCGGAACAAGAUUUUCACUGUUUCUUUCAGUUUCUUAGCUCAAUUCAGCUUUGGAUUACAAUUCUCCUAAACGAGGUCGUUUUGGGAGGUAUGGUUUGUAGUGUUGUUCGUUGUUUCUCAUUCUUGUUUUCAUGGAAUUUUGGAUUUAUUGACAUUAAUUUAGUUAAUUAAUUACUAUUUACUGAUUACUAAUCAUUAUGAUCAUAGCUUUUAUCUUUAUUGUUGUUUCUCAAAAUUAAGACACUGGGAAAUCCUCUUUGUUUAUGUUAAAUGUUACUAUUGAUAUUGUAAUGUGAUAAAUGUGUAUUGUAUUUCGUUGACCGGGUUUAGGGUUUUUUGGUGUGAUGAAAAAGAGUUGAAAUAUGUGUUAUGUGUUUUAGGGUAUGGAUAUUGUGUUUUUCUUUUUCAUGUGAAAUAAUCAUGUGUGUUAUGUAUUUUAUAGGGUAUGGAUAUUGUGUUUUUCUUUUUCAUGUGAAAUAAUCAUGUGUUAACAAUGUGUAUUUAUUUGAGUCUCUAUUGGGUAAGCAUAAUUAGUUUGAUUGUACUUUACUCCAAUAUAAUGCUUUGUUCUAUUUUGGGUUAGGGAAAUCUUGCUUUCAUGGUCCUGAUCAGGCAUCACAAAUUUCCCAAGAUUAAAGUUUUGCCUAAUUAGAAAAUUUUCCAAUGAAAUUUAUGCUUUUUGUUUUGUUUAUUGGUUAAUUUGGUGCUUUUGGUGAUUUUUGUUUCCACUUAAGUCAUCAUUUAUUAUUGUUCUAUUUCUCUAAGAAAAUGAAAUAUCCAAAAGUGAAAGAGUAAACUUUGUGGCUGUGAAUGGAUAUUUAGAACUUUUUCUGGUUUUAUUUUAUGUGUUUUCUUUUUAUACUUAGGAUUUUGUAUGUGGUUGUGAUAUGCUUUGGAUAGGAACCGUAUAAUAUAUGAUGAAACGGAUGAAAAAGGAGAUUCCGGAUGACAUGCUCCAUGAUGAUCAGAUUGGUUUGCAGUUGAAUGAUGAGGAUAAUGGCAGAAGUGCCUGUGGAGUUGUUCUGAAGAAAGGGCCAUGGACAAGUGUUGAAGAUGAUAUAUUGGUCAAGUAUGUCAACAAGAACGGAGAGGGGAAUUGGAAUGCCGUUCAGAAGCAGACAGGCCUGUUGCGUUGUGGAAAAAGUUGUCGAUUGCGAUGGGCCAAUCACCUAAGGCCACAUUUAAAGAAAGGGGCAUUUACUGAGGAAGAGGAGCGGUUGAUUUGUGAGCUUCAUUCAAAAAUGGGAAACAGAUGGGCACGCAUGGCAGUGCAUUUACCUGGUCGUACAGACAAUGAGAUAAAAAACUAUUGGAACACUCGGAUCAAGAGGCGUACCCGAGCUGGCUUGCCACUUUAUCCUCCUGGUGUAUAUCAAGCGGCUCUUAAUAACCAAAGCACCAGUAGAAUUAACGGUGGUAAUAAAGUGCAUUCUGAUUUCUUGCAUAAAAGGAGUUUUAGUAUGCAUGAUGCAAUGUUUGACUGCCUGAAGGAUACCCAGGGAAUCUCACCUUAUUCGCCUGAUAUUUCUGAUUAUGGCAAUAUGCAAAAUGGUUUUGAUUCUUCUCAGUACUGCAGUUUUGUGUCAUCGACAUCAUCUAACCCUAAACGUUUUCGAGAGUCACCAAUACCGUUUCUUGAUUUUGGUUGUAUUGACAGAAGCGAUGUUUAUCCAUUUGAACAUAUUCAGGAUGAUGCUUUUGAUAAGUUGACACAAUCAUUUGGAGUGCAAUCACCUCUUGAUCCUGGUUUCUUCUCAAACAGCUUAAUGUGUUACAGCCAUUCACUUAAAAAUGGCAAUUUCUCUACUUCUAUGCCUUUUGAGGCUGUGAAGUCGGAGCUCCCUUCACUCCAAUAUCCGAAAAUUGAUUUAGGUAGCCGGGGUACAUCUCCCUCACACCCACUACUUGACUCAAUUGAUGAUUUUAUCAAGUCUCCUACACCAAUUAGUACACUGGAGUCAGAUUGUUCUUCUCCACAAAAUAGUGGCCUGCUGCAAUCUGUACUUCAUCAGCGGAAGACUCCGAGCAGUUCAAAAAACCAAUAUUAUGACAGAAGUUCAUAUUCAUCUGCUGCAACUCCCUGUGAAAGAGAUGACCUGUCAGCAUGGAGCAUGUAUGAGCAAGAAUGGAAAGACUAUGCUGACCCUGUAUCUCCAUCUGGUGUAUCUUCAAUAUUGAAUGAUUGCCCUGCUGUUGUUGCCAACAUAAAUUCAAUGGAUGAACAGCCACCUGUUCAGACCGACAAUGGCAACAUUGUGAAAUCAGAGUAUGUUGAUCAUGUGUGGUCCCCUGACAGUUCUUAUAUCAAGUCUCUGUUGAACAAUAGUCAGCCAGAUUUUGUGCUUGAUUCAGGUUGGUAUGAGCCGUGUUCUGGGCAUGGCAAUAACCAAGCCGUUGCCACUGAUGCUACAUUGAUGUUUCAGGAAGAUCAAUUAGCCACCGACUAUAAACAUAUGACCGCUGCUGGAACUUCUAACCCAAGUCAGGUAUGGGAGUUAAGUUCUUUUGGAUGGAACAACAUGCCUGCUGUCUGUCAAGUAUCUGAUCUUGGUUAAGAAAACAUCCAAGAUGUGUGAUUUGAAACUGCUGUACUAAUUGCAUUUGUGUUGGUUUUCUUAACUUGGUCGUCAGGUGUUAAUAUCUUUACGUGUGUUGAUUUGAACCGAGAAAUAUUUUACGUGUGAUUUUUUAGUACUGAACAAUUGUUAAGUGACUUUUGCUGUGAUGUGGCUUUGUAAUUUUUGUGUUUCAUGACUGUACCUCUAUGAAUCUAUUGCUGACUUGCGAUUAAUUUGUGUACCUCUAUUAAUCUUUUGCAGACUUGCGAUUAA